AUCGCUUACUGAUUACACCGGUUUAUACCUACCUGGGCAGAAUACGUAGGUAGUUAAUAACUUCGGUGCCGACGACUCGCGUCUAUAGGUAUAUCGGCAUGAUGCGCGCGAGCCUCCGGUCGGCAUGGGCAACCAUCAGCGACGCCGAACGGUGAGUAUAGUAUAGUAACCAUGCUUGUAGGUUAAAUAUACUCUUCCGUCUAGUAGUGAAAUCCGUAUAAAUAGCUAUUCUGUACUCCCUAUCUUCACAAAGUCCAGCUGAGAGACAAGUGAAUACUCUUGACUAUAUCUUAACUUUAGAACCACCGUCUUUAGUUCGAGUAUAAAGAAAGCCUGACAUUCAAUAUGGGAACUUCAUUAGAGUUAACAGUGCUCUUCCUAGAGAGACUAGCUUCCAAUCCCUCGUCCACACUCCCAGAUGUUUUAUCAAAGGAUCAACUUCGAAAGAGGCUGCUCGUGGCGAUUCAGAAACUUGUGCCGGAGUUAGAAACAUCUGAAGAAGCUUGCCAGCGAAUCUUAUACAAUGGACUCGAAGCCCCCGCGGCUCGGGUUGCAGUAGACCUCAACAUUUUUAACACGCUCAAAGAAUCCUCGACUCCAUUAACAACGGAGCAACUUGCAGAGAAAUCAGGUAAAGAUCCGGAUAGGAAAUUGUUGGCUCGCAUCCUCAGAUACUUGGCUUCCCUAAGCAUGGUUCGCGAAGUCGACGUCGGACUUUGGGCGGCAAGCCACUUCGGAGAUAACCUAUCAGGAACCGGGCAGAGCGCGGGGGUCGCAUCUAUGGUCGACAACUGCUUCGUUGCCAUGGUUAACCUCCCCGCCUUUUUGCGGGUUCAUGCAUACAAGCCGCCAGAUGCAAAGAAUGACACGGCAUUCGCCCUUGGCAAUAGGGUGAGCCCGGAAGAAGCCACGUUCUUCGACUGGCUCAAAACCCGUCCGGAAAACGCGAGGCACUUUAACAUCUUUAUGGGGUCGCACCGGACCGGGACGAGGACGUGGCUGGAUCGCCCGGAAGUUAUAAACGAGAUAAGUGGCGCGCUCAAGAAAGUGACCGCCGGGAAGGAAGGCGGGGAAGAAAAGGGGGUGUCCUUCGUGGAUAUUGGAGGCGGCAUCGGCCACCAAUGCAAAGCUUUCAAGAAGCGAGCGCCGGAUCUAAAGGGAACAAUUAUCCUGGAGGAUCUGGAAGAAGUGGUAGAAAAUGCGGAACUCGAACCUGGUAUUGAGAAGAUUAGUGUUAACUUCCUCGAGGGCCAGCCAGUGAAAGGUGCGGCAUCAUAUUAUUUCAGGAGCGUUUUACGAAACUGGCCUGAUAGAUAUUCUCGAACCAUCCUCGGUUACGUCAGAGAUGCUAUGGAUGAAGACUCCUUGCUCCUUAUCGACGAGAUCGUAUUACCGGACCGCGGUGCUCACAGAUAUGAGACGCAACUAGAUUUGACAAUGCUCGCAAUGCUUAAUGCCGAAGCGAGGACCGAGAGUCACUGGAAGCAACUACUGGCCGAAGUAGGAAUGGAAGUCAAAGAUAUCGUGUUUUACGAAGAAGAAACCAGGGAGGGCAUUAUCAUUGCUAAGAAGGUAUCAAGUUGAACGAAGCGUGCUAUAGAUAGAGAGUCACUUACCUACCUUGUCAUGUCUAUUAUUACAUCAGACUGGUGCACACGCAGACUGGCGUUUUCAACAAACUUAUAUCUCACGUAGAUGUUUAAUAGACCUCAACUUGAAUUAUAAGAAAUUUUAACUGCCUAAGAUAGGUACCUAUG